CGCCACUGCAUGUGAGAAACGACACGUUGGGGCGGCACUGACUAUGGGACCAGAGGCAUGGGCGUGUGUGCGGACCCUAGGUCAGAUCGAUGGUGUCGGGCAUUGAGCCGGUCGCGUUCGUCGUGCGACAGCAAAACAACAAAAACAAAAACGAAAACGCAAACGCAAACUUCAAAUCAAGCAAUCAACAAAAGUGUUACAACAACAGCAACAGCAACAGCAACAACAACAGCUACAACAAGAGCUGUUUACGCCUUCAAUAUUUCAGCACAAGCAGCUACAACGUUUCCAGCCACAACCAAGUUGCAGGCAAAAACGGCUGCCAACAACAAACUGCAUACAACGUUAAGCAGAAGACACCACGACGCGUUCAGCAACGUCGACGCCGCGGACGUCGACGUCAGCAGCAGCAGCAGUAGCAGUAAAAGUUCAAUACCAAUAGCAACUUUGAAAAUUAUACUAACCUGGCUAAUUGCCUGCUUGCUGCUGGCCAACAAUGCGCAAGCCCACAAUAUACCAGAGGAUGCCGUUCACAUCACUGCCAUCUUGGGCGAGGGCGUCGUGUUCAACUGCCAUGUGGAGUUCCCCAACGAUCAUCCGGUGCCAUAUGUCCUGCAGUGGGACAAGAAGGUGAGCGAAACGGGCUCCGAUCUGCCCAUAUAUAUCUGGUAUGAAAGCUAUCCGGAGCACAUCGAGGAGGGCUACAAGGGACGCGUGUCGCGCGUCUCGCAGGACUCGCCAUUCGGCUCGGCAUCGCUCAAUCUGACCAACAUUAGGGAGUCGGAUCAGGGCUGGUAUGAGUGCAAGGUCGUGUUCCUGAACCGCGAUCCCAAGCAGCAUAAGAACGGUACAUGGUUCCACUUAGAUGUACAUGCACCGCCGCGUUUUAGCGUCACACCCGAGGAUAUAAUAUAUGUUAAUUUAGGUGAUUCAAUUAUACUCAAUUGCCAGGCCGAUGGCACACCGACACCAGAAAUUUUAUGGUACAAGGAUGCGAACCCAGUCGAUCCAUCGCCCACAGUGGGCAUAUUCAAUGACGGCACCGAGCUACGGAUCUCAACCAUACGGCACGAGGACAUCGGAGAAUACACUUGCAUUGCACGCAAUGGUGAGGGACAAGUCUCCCAUACGGCCCGUGUUAUAAUUGCGGGCGGCGCUGUAAUCAUGGUGCCGCCCACCAAUCAAACGAAACUCGAGGGCGAAAAGGUGAUAUUCUCCUGCGAGGCUAAGGCCAUGCCUGGCAAUGUGACCGUGCGCUGGUUUCGCGAGGGUUCACCAGUGCGCGAGGUGGCAUCGCUGGAGACACGUGUCACCAUACGGAAGGACGGCUCACUCAUCAUCAAUCCCAUCAGCGCCGACGACUCGGGGCAAUAUCUGUGCGAGGUGACCAACGGCAUAGGCGACCCACAAAGUGCUUCGGCCUAUCUAAGCGUGGAGUAUCCCGCCAAGGUCACAUUCACACCCACUGUGCAGUAUCUGCCGUUUCGACUGGCUGGCGUCGUACAGUGCUACAUCAAGUCCAGUCCACAGCUGCAGUAUGUCACCUGGACGAAGGACAAGCGACUGCUGGAGCCCUAUCAAAUGAAGGAUAUUGUGGUAAUGGCCAAUGGCUCGCUGCUCUUUACGCGCGUCAACGAGGACCACCAGGGACGCUACACCUGCACGCCAUACAACGCGCAGGGCACACAGGGCUCCUCGGGCUCGAUGGAGGUGCUCGUACGCAAGCCACCCGCAUUUACGGUGGAGCCGGAGACGCUUUAUCAGCGCAAGGUGGGCGACAGCGUCGAAAUGCACUGCGAUGCGGUGGAGGCGGAGGGCACCGAACGUCCGAGCAUCAAGUGGCAGCGUCAGGAGGGCGAGCAGUUGGCCGACUCGCAGCGCAAUCGAGUUAAAAUCAGCGGUGGCAACAUAACCAUUGAGAAUCUGCGGCGCGAGGACUUUGGCUACUAUCAGUGUGUGGUCUCCAACGAGGUGGCCACCCUCAUGGCCGUUACGCAGCUGGUCAUCGAGGGCACACAGCCCCACGCGCCCUACAACAUCACGGGCCAGGCCACGGAGUCGUCCAUCACGCUGCAGUGGCUGCCCGGCUAUAGCGGCGGCUCCGAGUACAAGCAGGACUAUACGAUUUGGUAUCGGGAGGCGGGCGUCAAUGACUGGCAGACGAUAUCUGUGACACCCUCGGGCAGCACGCAGGUGACCAUCAAUGGCCUCAACUCGGGCACCAGCUACGAGUUUCAGGUGGUGGGUCGCAACGUGCUCGGCGACGGCAUGAUGAGCAAGGUGAUGACUGUGCGGACACUGGAAGACGCUCCGGCAGCGCCACGUAAUGUCAAGGCUGCAACACAACCGCCCGAUCACUUCUUUCAGCUAAUGCCAGAUGAAGCUGGUCCCAAGCCUGGUCCGCCCAGGAACGUGUCGGUGACUGAGAUCUCGAAUGGUUUUCUCAUCACCUGGCAAUCGCCGCUGGAGCGUGCGCACAUUGUCAAAUUCUAUACGAUCAAGUAUCGCACGGAUGCGGAAUGGAAGACGCUGAAUCGCGGCCAGAUACGGCCGGAGGAGACACAGUAUUUGGUCAAGAAUUUGGUGGGUGGACGCACCUACUAUUUUCGCGUGCUGGCCAAUUCGGAAAAGUCGUACGAGUCCAGCGAUGAGGUGAAGUUCCCGGUGCCUGCGCGGGUCAAGCAUAAAGCUAUAACGGCCGGCGUCGUUGGGGGCAUCCUGUUUUUUAUUGUUGCGAUCAUUUUAUCGGUUUGUGCCGUAAAAAUUUGCAAUAAACGUAAACGACGAAAACAGGAAAAAGAGUUCAACAUGGUAGCUUGCAGGAUAACGGAUGCUCGUCAUAUUGCUGCCAAUAAUCAUCAUAAUAUGCACCAACGCAGUACGGGCUCAAUUUCCUCUGGUCAAGUGCCUUUAAAAAACAAUACUGAACAUUAUCGUGAUUAUGAAAGCGUUUUUAUAGUUCCAGGUCAUCCUGUCAUAAUCAAAAUCGUACAAACAAACCCGAAUAUCAAGUCUAACCGCCAUACUCAUCGCAAUUUGCACUGGAUUUGGCCACCUGACCGCUGCACCAACUGUCACUCCAUCUACAGCUCACCCAAUCUACACGACAACCAAAACCAAAACCACAACAACAACAACCACGACGAGGGCGACCCAAGAAGACGCGGCGAAAAGCUGAGCUACGACCACAGCCAAGCGGCGGCGUUGGAGAACAGCAUUGACCUGGUGGAUGGCGCGUUGUUCGAGCGACGCAACAGCAACGUCUCGCAGAAAUCCUCGAGCGACGAUGGCGGAUUUCUAUCUCGCCGCAAUUUCAUUACAGCGCGUGCCUCCUGGCGACGCCCACUCGUUGCCUCCUCCAGUCAGCUGAGUCUGCAAUCCGCUGCGGACUCGGCGCGCGGCCUGCUGCAAGGCCUGGGCGGACUGCUCAAAAUCGGCGCCACCAAUAAGAACUACUUCGAUGACAAUGCUGUGAGUGGAGCGCGCUAUCAGAACGUGUUGCACCAAAGCAACUACAAGCAGCAGCAGCAGCAACACUUGCAGCACUUGCAACAUCGCGCGCCGCUGCAUAUCAACACCAUAAGCGGCAGUCUGUACACGCCCAGCCGCGUCUCGCGCAUCUUCUCCAGCUCGCCAGCCAGCAGCCAGCUGCAGCAGCAACAGCAGCAGCACCAGCAACAGUUGCUGACCAGCCAGCAUACGCACUUUAGCGAUCUCAGCAGCGUCUAUCCGCACUCGGCGGAGCGCUCGCUGCCCACUUCACAGCUCAAUGCCGCCGGCAAUCUCAGUCGCUAUCGCUACCACUCGCAGGAGCUGCCCUCGCUGCGCACCAUUCAGGAGGAGACGCGCCGCCUGCAGCAGCACAGCAGCGGGCUGGAGCAACACUUUGUGCCGCUGCAGCUGCCCUCGCCGCCCUCGUGGCGCAACUACUACCAGGCGCAGGCGCAGCUGCCCUACCACAGCUACCGCCCACGCACGCGCUGGUAUCCGCGCCACUAUGCGCGUCUCUUCAAUCGCCAGCAGCAGCACGAGCUAAUGUCGCCGCUGCCGGACUUGAAUCUGUCGCUGCGUGGCGCCAGCAGCGGCGCUGUGGGCGCUCUAGAAGCGUCGCCCGAGUCGCGCAGCAGCAGCAGCGGCUUUGGCUCCAAGAACACCUCCAAUCAUCCGGGCAGCACCAGCGAGUGGCGACUGCUGCCGCCGUAUCGCGCGCCGCCCUCGCCGCCCAAGCACAGCGCCUACUUUGGCAGUGGGCAGCAGGCGCAGGCGCAAACCCUCGUGCCUGGACAACUGCAGCAGGCGCACUAUGCGCCGCACUAUCUGCAGCAUAGUCCGGCAGCGGCUGCAGCUGCGGCGGCGGGUCUUACUCCGCCGUAUAGCAUGGCGCAUUGGCUGCAAAUGAUCUCAAGACUGAAUGCGGCAACCGACAGCAAUUUGCCCAAGUCGUGUCAGGUGGAUGUGGGCAGCGUGGAUGGGCACUACGAGUUCGAUCCAGCCACGCCCACGCCAAGCGCUUCAACGCCCACGGGCAUGGGCCUGGGCAUGGGCAUGGGCAUGAGCAUGGGCUUGGGUCUGCUGCGCGAUGAUCUCAAUCUGCACAUAGACACGCAACACUAUCCCCCCUCCCACUUGCAUCCCCAUCAUCAGCAUCAGCAUCAGCAUCAUUCGCAUCAUACACUGGGACCGCUCAGCGGCAGCUUGUUGCAUGCCACAGCUGCACGCAAGCUGCGCAAUCUGCCGCCGCGCUACGACAACGUCGAGGUGCGACUCCAAGCGAUGCGCGAGGAGUUCUAUGCGCAUCGCAAGCGCGUCGCACUGCAGCGAGCCGGCGGUCCGGAGAUGGAGAGCGUUUGUUAAUAAACGCCCCCCACCCAGUCACCACCCCCCCUCUCAGCAUCAGUUAGUAGACGCGUCAGCAGUUACAGUAAAUGCAAUCAAAAGAAACAAAACACGUAAAUUUAAAUUAAACACUUAAAACUUAUGAUUAGCUGUUAUCACAAACAAAAAAUGAAAUGAAAAGCAUAAGCAAAUACUUACAAUGGGCACUGUCUGUCUGUCUGUCUGUUAGCAGUUAGUGACUACCAGUGAUUACGAACUAACUUAAACUAACUAACUAACUACUAGUAUUUGAAGUCAUUUAGGCAAGCGCAACAACAAUUAGUAGAUUUUAUGCUGGCAAACGAAUAACAAAACAAAAAAAAAAACAUAAAACAAUUGCAAGGACACCAAUCAACCACGUUUAUAUAACUGUAAAUAAUAUUAAAGAAUUAAAACGACGUGCAAAACGUUUAAAUCAUUU